CGCUGCUCUCCUGGAGCUGCCGGACCGCUCAAUCCACGCGUAAUUCAGGAAUCAGGACUCACUCACACAUUCCUCCUCCAAGAAGUGUGGAGCAAGCCGGCAAGGAGCAGCCGUGUCGGCGACAGAGUCCUCUCACAGAGCCGCCAGGACGUGGAGGGACGGAGGGCAGGGGGAGAAAAGACACUUUAGAUUUAACACUGCUGAAAGUGUAGGUAGGAUUCAAGUUGCAAAUAAAGACAAGAAGAGUUCCCAGUUAACCCCGCGGCUGGGGGUUAACGCAACGACGCCGCUGUCGACAUGGAUAAAGUUCUGAAUUGCUUGUUUGCUGCAUUAACGCUGCUGUUGUCCGCCAGAGGGGAAGUUUUUAAAGGUGAUUGUAACUUUGAGAAGCCGCUGGCAGCUUGUGGUUACAGCCAAGGCAGAGAUGAUGACCUUGACUGGGAGCAGUCCACUACCAGAGAGAAGACUUCGUCAGACCCAUGGAUGCCCUCAGGUUCAGCCUACAUGAUGGUGAACACAUCAGGACGCUUCGCGGGGCAGAAGGCCUUACUGCUGACGCCACAGCUGCGGGAGAAUGACACCCACUGCGUUACCUUCCACUACUACAUCGGAGGCAGAGACAACAGCCACCCGGGCCACCUGAAUGUCUAUAUCAAAGAAAACAACAGUCCCAUGGGGAUGCCUGUUUGGAACGUGUCGGGUCCAGCCUCUCGCUCCUGGGGACAGAUGGAGCUGGCCAUCAGCACCUACUGGCCCAACUUCUACCAGAUUGUGUUUGAAGCCGUAACCUCAGGGCAACGUGGCUUGCUGGCCAUCAAAGACAUCGUGGUCCAGGGCCACCAGUGCAUGAACACACCUCACUUCCUCACUAUAAAAGGAGUGGAGGUCAACGCCGGACAGACCGCGUCUUUUCACUGCACCGUCAAUGGACGCAAAAGGGACAAUUUCCGCCUCUGGCUGCAGGGCAUCGGUGGACGGGAGGCCCCGAUGAAAGCCACUAAACCUUGGAACAACCGUCGCUUCAUAGGCACUUUCGACGUGGAGAACACAACCAAGGGCGACUCGGGCCGCUACCGCUGCAUCGUCCACUCGGACAAAGGCGUUGGAGUGUCUAAUUAUGGCGAACUAACCAUAAAACAGCCCCCGGUUCCAAUUGCACCACCCCAGCUGACUGCUGUGGGCGCCACUUACCUUUGGAUCCAGCUGAACGCCAACUCCAUCAAUGGGGACGGCCCAAUCAUCGACAGAGAGGUGGAAUACCGCACUGUGUCUGGCACCAUGUACGACCUGCAACCUGUCGACAAGACCACACACAAGAUCGGCCACCUGGAUCCAGACACCGAGUAUGAGAUCAGCGUUCUGCUGACCAGACCUCUGGAGGGAGGCACCGGAGCCCCAGGACCCCCAUUGAGAGCCAGGACCAGAUGUGCUGAGCCCAUGCACGGCCCACAGAAGCUAGAAGUGGUGGACAUCCAAUCCAAACAGGUGACAGUGCGUUGGGAGCCCCUGGGCUACAAUGUGACCCGCUGCCACAGCUACAACCUGACCGUCCAGUACCGCUCCAGGGUGGCGGGCAAGGAGGAGACCCGGGAGGAGGUGUGUUACGACACCCAGAGCCGCGAUCCUCAACACACCAUCCACAACCUGACGCCCUUCACCAACCUCAGUGUCAAAUUGGUUUUACGCAAUCCAGAGGGAGUGAAGGAGAGCACCGAGAUGGAGGUUCAGACUGACGAGGAUGUGCCAGGAGCCAUUCCUCUGGAGUCCAUUCAGGGCAGCGCCUAUGAGGAGAAGAUCAUCCUGAAGUGGAGAGAACCAGCGCAGACCUACGGGAUCAUCACGCAGUACGAGAUCUCCUACAAAGCGGUGAGCUCGUUUGACCCCGAGCUGGACCUCUCCAACCAGAGCGGGAAAGUUGUGAAGAUGGGCAACGAGACCACCCACAUGUUCACAGGCCUCUACCCAGGCUCCACCUACUCCUUCACCCUGCGCGGUAGCACAGCCAAGGGCUACGGACCCCCUAUCAUCACCCAGUUCACCACCAAGAUUUCAGCUCCUUCGAUGCCGGCGUAUGACCAGGAGACCUCUCUGAACCAGACGGACAGCACGGUCACUGUGCUGCUUAAACCUGCUCAGAGCAGAGGUGCACCUGUGAGUGCGUACCAGGUGGUGGUGGAGGAGGAACGUCCACGCAGAGCACGAGGCACAGCAGAAAUCCUGCGCUGCUACCCAGUGCCCAUCCACUUCCAGAACGCCACGCUCCUCAACUCCCAGUACUACUUCACUGCUCAGUUUCCUGCCGGCGGCAUCCACUCGCCACAACCCUUUACUGUGGGAGACAACAAGACCUACAACGGAUACUGGAACGCUCCUCUGUUACCACAGAAAAGCUACAGUAUCUACUACCAGGCUGUCAGCACAGCCAACGGGGAGACCAAAAUCGACUGCGUUCGAGUAGCCACCAAAGCCGCCAUACUUGUGACUCAGCUCACAACCCCGUACCUCCGCAUCGCCCCGGCGGCCGGCGACAACCAACUAACAGGAGCAGCCACUCACAAACCUGACGCGGUGGAGCCAGAGAAACAAACGGACCACACGGUGAAGAUCGCCGGUGUGAUCGCCGGCAUCCUCCUCUUUGUCAUCAUCUUCCUAGGAGUGGUUCUCCUCAUGAAGAAAAGAAGAACCUAUCACUCCUACACUUACUACCUGAAAUUGGCCAAGAAGCGUAAGGAGACACUAAACAGCACCCGCCAAGAGAUGACUGUGAUGGUCAACUCCAUGGACAAGAGCUACACCGAGCAGGGCACCAACUGUGACGAGGCGCUGUCUUUCAUGGACACACACAACCACACGCUGAACACCCGCAGUGAGUGUGCGCUCACUCUCAACGGCCGCAGCGAGUGCGCGCUCACUCUCAACGGCCGCAGCGAGUGUGCGCUCACACUCAACGCCCGCAGCGAGUGUGCCAUGACUCUGAACGGGCGAGCUGGUUCAUCACCCUCCUCCUUCACGCUGCCUAAAGCCAACACCCUCAGUUCAUCAAUCCCCACCAACUCCUACUACCCAGAUCCCUUUGUGCCAACUGCUAUAUUAGAUGAGAGUCAGAACAUGGGCAGUGACACCAGCAGCCUGGUGCAGCCGCACACUCACUCCCUGAGGAAGCGGGAGCAGGUCGACGUGCCGUACCAGACGGGUCAGCUGCACCCGGCCAUCCGCGUGGCCGACCUCCUCCAGCACAUCACCCAGAUGAAGUGCUCCGAGGGCUACGGCUUCAAGGAGGAGUAUGAGAGCUUUUUUGAAGGACAGUCUGCACCGUGGGAUUCUGCCAAGAAGGAUGAGAACCGCAUGAAGAACCGAUAUGGGAAUAUUAUUGCAUAUGAUCACUCCCGUGUCAGGCUGCAGGCCCUGGAGGGGGAACAGAGCUCCGAUUACAUUAAUGCAAAUUACGUUGAUGGCUACCACAGGCCAAAUCACUACAUCGCCACUCAAGAAAGAGAUGGCAUACCAAUCAGGCAGCGGGCCGUUCAGUCUAUCUGUGCCCCUGUGUGCACAGCACCUGGCCCCAUGCAGGAGACGGUCUUCGACUUCUGGAGGAUGGUCUGGCAGGAGAACACUGCGGCUAUCGUCAUGGUGACCAACCUGGUGGAAGUGGGCAGGGUGAAGUGCUGUAAGUACUGGCCCGAUGACACCGAGAUCUACAGAGACAUCAAGGUGACGCUGAUAGAGACUGAGCUGCUCUCCGAGUACGUCAUCAGGACCUUUGCUGUAGAGAAGAGGGGGGCUCAUGAGAUCCGCGAGAUCCGACAGUUUCACUUCACGGGCUGGCCGGACCACGGCGUGCCCUAUCACGCCACGGGCCUGCUGGGGUUUAUUAGGAGAGUCAAGUCUAAGACCCUGACCAACGCUGGGCCCAUGGUGGUUCACUGCAGUGCCGGAGCAGGGCGGACGGGCUGCUUCAUUGUUAUCGACAUCAUGCUGGACAUGGCAGAGAGAGAGGGUGUGGUGGACAUUUAUAACUGCGUGAGAGAGCUGCGAUCACGGAGGGUCAACAUGGUCCAGACUGAGGAGCAGUAUGUCUUCAUCCACGAUGCCAUUUUGGAAGCAUGUCUGUGUGGCGACACCACCAUCCCCGCGAGUCAGCUCCGCUCCGUCUACUACGACAUGAACCGCCUGGACCCGCAGACCAACUCCAGUCCCAUCAAAGAGGAGUUCAGGACUCUGAACAUGGUGACUCCCACGCUGCGGGUGGAGGACUGCAGCAUCGCCCUGCUGCCCAGGAACCACGAGAAGAACCGCUGCAUGGACGUCCUCCCUCCGGACCGCUGCCUCCCGUUCCUGAUCACCAUCGACGGGGAGAGCUCCAACUACAUCAACGCAGCGCUCAUGGAUAGUUACAAGCAGCCGUCUGCAUUCAUCGUGACCCAGCACCCGUUACCGAACACAGUGAAGGAUUUCUGGAGAUUGGUGUUGGACUACCACUGCACAUCCAUAGUAAUGCUGAACGACGUCGACCCAGCCCAGUUGUGCCCACAGUACUGGCCAGAAAAUGGAGUCCACCGCCAUGGACCCAUCCAGGUGGAGUUUGUCUCAGCUGACUUAGAGGAGGACAUCAUCAGCAGAAUAUUUCGGAUCUACAACGCAGCACGGCCUCAGGACGGCUACCGGAUGGUGCAGCAGUUCCAGUUCCUGGGCUGGCCCAUGUACAGAGACACGCCCAUGUCCAAACGCUCCUUCCUCAAGCUGAUCCGACAGGUGGACAAGUGGCAGGAGGAGUACGAUGGGGGAGAGGGGCGCACUGUGGUCCACUGUCUGAAUGGAGGCGGCCGCAGUGGGACGUUUUGUGCCAUCAGCAUUGUGUGCGAGAUGCUUCAACACCAGCGCUCUGUGGACGUUUUCCACGCUGUCAAAACACUACGGAACAACAAACCCAACAUGGUGGACCUACUGGACCAGUACAAGUUCUGCUAUGAAGUUGCACUGGAGUACUUGAAUUCUGGGUAACUCAGAGCUCCUGAACCCACCAGAGACUUAAAGUUUGGGACUUUACAGAAGAACUGCAGCUCACAUGUGUGCAUUUUUCAGUGUGUGUGUGUGUGUGGAAUGGACCUGACAGGAGCAAGGUACGCACACAACAAUACAUGCAGCUCCUUUGACCAGCGCUCUUCUUCUUCUUCUUCUUCUCCUGGUUUUCAGUUGGUGCAAAUGGGAAAGGUAGCAGAGUUGUACAGUGUUAAAUAUCACAGCCUGUUUCUGUGCUAAGGAACUCAGCGUGAGCACAAGGAGGUCUUCUUCUUUUUUUUUUUUUGUUUCCUCUGCAGUGAGUCGCCUCUUCUUUGGAUCCAUCUUUCUCUCUCAGACGCCUGUAGUCCUGUGGUCGUUGCCUUGAUCCUCAUUGGACAGUUUUCCGUGGAAUGCGAUACACUGUACAUAAUGUUAUGUGUUAAUUUUAUUCCCUCUGAUUUCUGUUUUUUUUCGCUCAGCUCAUGAUUAAAGUCAUUAAAACGCAGGAGCUCAAAGCCUAAAUGUUACUAAAUGUCCUGUAAAUCUCUGACUUUUAGCUGAUUAUUGCUUCACACUGUACGUUGAGGACGGCAGGCUCAGUCUACAUCUGCUUACCUUUUUCCCUGUACAGGGAUCCAAAGCUUUAUUUGCACUUCCAUUGAAUCCUUGCUGUGCAUAUUGUACAUAUUUCUGUAGAUUAUUUAUUCACGGUAUGUACUUUUUUUGUGACUCGCAGUACGUGACAAUCAUAGGUUCUCUAGGUUUGGUUUUUGACUGUAUUAUGUGCUUUUUGUUGGUCAUCUUGUGUGACAGAUCGAUUCCAUUGUAAAGAAAAAAGAUAUAUAAAUGUAUCUACAAUAUAAACAUUGGAUUAUGUA